UUUGGGUGUGAAUGUCAUUAUUUGUGAUAUAUGACGAAGACAGACUGAAUCAAUAUUUAGCACAACGACGUCAAUUCCCAAAAUACCAAGCUUAAAAAGCUUGUGCGAUGGGAGGAGAAGCAGAAGAAAGAUCUACCAGUGAUCUAACUAUUGGAUUGAUGCUUGCUGUUAGUUCAACUGUAUUCAUUGGAUCCAGUGGUAUUGUGAAGAAGAAGGCACUUAUUAAGAUCCAUGCAUAUGCAACAAGAGCAGGUGAUGGUGGACAUGCAUAUCUCAAGGAAUGGCUGUGGUGGGCGGGCUUUGGACUUUUGGCUGCUGGAGAGUUUCUCAACUUUAUUGCAUAUGCCUUUGCCCCUGCUCUUCUGGUGACCCCACUUGGUGCCCUGAGUGUCUUAGUUACUGCUGUCCUGUCCCAUUAUUUCCUGAAAGAGAAUCUCAACUUGCUUGGUAAAGUUGGCUGUAUGCAGUGUAUCAUUGGCUCAACCAUCAUGGUUUUACAUGCCCCCGUGGAAGGAGGAGCAGCCUCCCUGGCUGAACUAUCUAUACGAUUACAAGAUUCAGUAUUUGUGACGUACAUCAUAGGGCUGUUGAUAGUAGUAGUCGUUCUCAUCUACGUCGUCUCACCCACGCAUGGUCCUAAAAACAUCUUGGUCUACAUCUCCAUUUGCUCUUUGGUGGGCUCCCUCUCUGUCCUAGCUUGUAAAGGCUUUGGCAUCGCUGUCAAAGAAUACUCAAAAGGUACAAACACUUUUCUACUCCCCAUCACGUGGUUCCUGCUAUCGUGUCUCGUCGUCUGUAUAUUAAUGAGCAUGCACUAUUUGAAUAAAGCUCUGGAUACGUUCAAUGCAGCGGUCAUCGCUCCCAUUUAUUACGUGUUCUUCACGACGUGUGUGGUGACCGCUUCUGGCAUCCUCUUCAAGGAGUGGGCCAGCAUGAACUUACGAGACACGUUGUCCACCGUUGCUGGCUUUGGGGUCAUCAUCAUGGGCAUCUACCUCCUGCAUACCUUCAAAGAUGCAAACAUUUCACUGGAUUCCAUCACUCUGAUGUCCCCGAAAAUCAAGGAUUUAUCGAAGUCCCCUCUUCCAUUGUCGAACAAUCAUCGCGGUGUCAACAGCAGCGAUACAGAGUCAAUAGGCAAGUGAAACUCAUAUCACUAGGCUUUGAUAGGAAUGUAAUAAAAUGUUUAAAUGGACAAUUGGACAAAAUGGACAAUUGUUCCCGGUGUUCUUUCCAGGAAUGAACGCAUGUGUAUUUGUGUGUGGCAUGUGAUGUAAGCAUGAAUUUGAUACCAAAAAAAAAAAGGUAAUUUUGAUAGAUUAUUUUUUUCUUCAAUGUAACUUUUCCCAGGCACAUGUAGACCUAUAAUGGAAGAAAAGUGGUGAAGUUGAUAGUAGGGUCAUUCCAUGAGGUUGGUGCAAAAAACAUGAUGAUGUCCAUGUAACAUUGGUAGAAUAAGAUCUUUGACUAAACAUGAAAGAUGAAAUCAUCGGUUGAAGAUUUGUAUGCAAUAAAUAUUUAUAGUAAUGCCCUGCCAGAGUCAUUCCUCUUUCAAUUACUUUGUUUUUCAAAAUCGUUGCUUGAUAUGCAUUUCUUUUUUUACCAGCAUUACAUGGACAUCACAUUUAUAUAAGAUUACAUGAAAUUUAGAUCUAUGAUAUUGAUGAAGCUAGCAUACUUCUGAACAUACAGUACUUAGCAAUUUAUGCUUAACUCAGUUUGAGCAAACAUUGUUAUGGUUGAUAUGUUACAUAGUUUAUCAUUUCCAAUAUGUCACAAAAAUUCCCCCAAAGCCAUGGAAUGACCCAUAAAGUAUUAAUAUUUUCAAACUGCCAACAAGCUAUGUUGAUAUAAAUUCAGUAAUCCUUUCUCUACUAUGCUUGCAAAUCAAAAUGUAUGUUGAUAUGGAUUGAAUAUAUGAUUUUCUUCUUUGAUGAAAAACUCAUUAAGCUGUUCACAGUCAGUACACCCUUUACAACAAGCUCAAGGUCAAAUCCAGUCACAGGAUAAGUUACUUUUUAUAGUAACAAAAAAGUCAGACAAACAUAAAGAAAUGUUUGAGAAAAAAAUCAAACAACUAUUAGGAUAGUCAAAAGACAAUUAUAAUGAUUUCAAACUCAUUAUUUCAAGAAGAAUUGGCAUCCCUUUUAUGACUUUAUGAUAUCAUUUGUUCACCAAUCAUUACUAGUUUUGCAUAUUUUGAUAUCAUAAAUUUGACCUUUCAUUUUGUAUGAAAGUGAUUUAUCCUUAAAAACAAGCAUAAUAUAAUUUUGUAAAGGGGAUAAUACAGUGUACAUAAUCAUAUUUUUUAUUCGGUACUGUAUGCAAAGAAGCAAGAUAAAGUACUUUUUUAAAAGUUGUAUAUGCAUGAUGUGACAUUGUUCACAUUUGUUAAAAUAGCUUAACAUGAUAACAUUUCUUACAAGAUUCAGUUUUGAUGAUAUUAAUUGAAAUCAAUCCAAAUUGUAAAUAUAACUGAAAAACCUAUGUUAUUAAAAUCUGAAUUUAUAAAAAUUGCGUUUUAUGUUUUCAGAGAUAAAGUUACUUUUUAUUGCGAAAUGCAAAUGACUUAAAUACUGAUACCAUUGUGAUGUUUGUUUGUUUGUUUUCUUACAUUGAAUGGUCCUAGAGCUAUACAGAAUCAUUGAAAUAUAGAAUGUAGUAUUUAGUAACUCCAUACGGGUAAACGUCACAUUUCUUAAACAUGAAGAAAAAUGACGAAUGACUGUGAUGUCAUCCAUGUAGGAGGAAUACAUGGUUUCCUAAGUAAAGUAAAUUUGUACAUGUAUACAUGUACACGUACAUGUAUGUAUUGUACAAGUUAAUGAUGAUGUAUGUGUAGAAUGUAUUUCUUGUAGAAUGUGUUGCAGGUAAUACAUUGAAAACCAUAUAUUUGAUUGGAAUUUUUACAUGAUUUUGCAUGUAUGUGUAAGUGCACAUGCACAGUGCCCCCAAUUGUAUAAAGUGCAAUAAAAGGAUAAAUCAAUCGGGCAUUUAUCAAAGGCAUAAGUUUUACUAUACUGAUAUGAAUAUUCAGGGAACAUAUUUUUUUUUGAAAAGGUAAACAAUAGUUUUUUGGAUGGAACAGUAAAAGAAGAAAGAAAAACAAAUUAUGAUCCUAACUGCUUCCAUUUUUUUCUUCAAUCUACUGUCUUGUGAACUUUUUGUUUUCUUAUUCAUUUUCUUUCAGUCUUGUGGACCUCUUGUCAAGUUACUUUUCAUGUUAUGAAAUUUAGUGCAAGAUAUUGAAAUAUGAUGUUGUGUUCCAACUAUUCCUCCUCCAUAUAUUUCUAAUUGCGUAAUUGCUUAAAUCUAAAUACACUGUAGGUGCCAGCUAGGCAAAAUGUUUGUGAGGGUGUAUUACAGAUUACAAGUUCACUUUGCAUAGCUCUGCAAUAUUUACAAAAUGUACUUGUAAGUUUAAUGUCAUGGCUUGUCUUAUGGUAUCCUCUUGACUAACAGUAAAAAAUGAAAACAUUUUUUUUCUUUCUGUAUACAUGUAGGUUAUUUGAAAUCUACUGUAGAAGAGGUAAGACUCCCUCAAGGCAAUUUAUAUUUUUAACCCAAUUAUUGUAAAACUAGUAGAAACUUACUUGAAAUUUUGGAAAUGGUGAAGGUUGGUUAACAUUUAAUUAUGCAAAAUAUGGAAAUUAUCAAUUGAACUAAUCUUAACUCUUAACAUAUUCUUGCUGGGGAGGGAGGGGGGGCGGUCUACUGCAAUUCAUAAGGUGUCGUGUUAAGAUAAGUUCUGGUCAUGCCAAAAGCUCGUUCACAUCUUUCCAGAGCCAAUGCACUUACUCACUGCUCCAGAUUUUUAAAGAUCUUGUUGGGCAAGCAAGUUUGAUCUUUUUGAUAGGAUAACCGUAUCCUUGGUCCAUUGCUCAAGGUCUUUUUCUUCAUCUGUUUUAUGUUGAAAUGAUACCAAUCAUGUUUUUUGUGCACCGCAUCGUUACAUUUACAUUUUAGCUACAUGUAUGCUAACAAUCUACAUUAAUUGUUUAUGUCAUAUUAUUGGAACUCAUUAACCCUCUUUCGAAGUUUUUGUAUAAUCUGGGAACAAAGAUGAGGGGAAAAAAGCCUAGCGUAGUUAUGGGGAAUUAUUCCUAUGAGAGAGAGAUCCCCUUGGCUUUAUUAUCCUGAGAAAAUUAUGAAGGCACACCACACAAUUUUGUUUGCACGCUAUAUAAUUAUGAAAAUGCUAAACAGUAUUAAGACAAGCCUUCAAGUUAUAGCAACAAAGGCAUAUAUGCCGGUAAGAGCCAAGUUUUUGUUUUUUAAUUGUAUUAUAUUUCCAGAAAAAAUACAAAAUUUGUAAUAAAAGUUGUAUUCUCUCUUAUGUUAAUUUUUCAGGCAGUUUCAUAAAAAAUAUAAGUGUUUUGAUAUUAUCAUUUUAUUCCCUCCAACCAACCUUUUUCAUGUUCUGCAGGAAGGAAUGUUUUUUAAUUAAUUUUUAUCCCUUCUUAUGCAAAUGCUAUUUUAAAGAGCAUGGUAAAAAUGUACUUACUUUUGGUUCUUUUGUUUUCAUGCACAUUAGUAAAGUCUCAACCACAUUUGGUACUGUUUGACUUUAAUACAUUUAUUUUAAGCACAAUUUGGAUUAAGCAUGGAUGUCAGUGUUGGAGCAUUGUGAGAUGGAAUUUAACCUGUCAGCAAUAUGUUUUAUCAAAGAGGCAAAGUGCGAACAUACAUGAUAUGUUUUACUGAUAUCAGCUGUGACAUCAUUAGAGAUUUCAAGAUCUUUAUUUAACAUGCUAGAAUUAGUAGAAUAGCACGCAAACAAACCCAACAUUGUCUGCUUGUUACUUCAUUCACACAAUAUCCAACAUUAAAAGUGAUAUGA